AUGCAGCAUUUGUGUCAUCCGAUCCAAUGCGGCUUAACCGGCCGUCUCCAGGGCCCCCCGCCGUGCCCCCUGAAUUUCCGUUGCCUCGGACGCUCCACAUUCAUCGCUCUUUUUGGGUGUGAUGCCAGGAUUGCAAUUUGUUUACGCGAAACGCGCCAUCUUUUGCGCUCCCAAGCACAUCACCUUAUUUGCGACUGAGACUCCCUAUAUGUCAAAACAGACAGAAGCUGGCGGUAGCUGAAUCUGGAAACUGCGUAUUCAUGAAUGACCAGAGGCUUACUUUAAAAAAAUAUUGAAGCGAGAACCG